AAUCCUCGGGACAAAAUUCACAGGUUUGACAGCAAUCGAGUGGAUCUGUCUUCUUCUCUGUAGUGGGGAGUUAUAAAUGUAACAUCUUCAGCAUCUGUUAUUAAACAAUUGUUUAAUUAACUAACUUUCAUUCAGGCAUAUUAUAGUCAAUCAUGGCUGCCUACAAAUUAGUGUUGAUUCGCCACGGAGAGAGCAACUGGAACCAGGAGAAUCGCUUCUGCGGCUGGUUCGAUGCAGAUUUGAGUGAAACCGGGGAGAAGGAGGCAAAGAGAGGUGGACAGGCCCUGAAAGAUGCCGGCUUUGAGUUUGACAUUUGCUACACCUCUGUGCUGAAGCGGGCCACCAGGACACUGUGGCUGGUCCUGGACGGUAUUGACCAGAUGUGGGUGCCUGUACACCGGACCUGGCGGCUGAAUGAGCGACACUACGGAGGCCUGACAGGGUUAAACAAGGCAGAGACAGCCGCCAAGCACGGAGAGGCUCAAGUAAAGAUCUGGAGGCGCUCGUUUGAUAUCCCACCUCCCACAAUGGACCCAGACCAUGCCUACUACAGUAUCAUCAGCAAGGAUCGUCGCUAUUCAGACUUGACUGAGGACCAACUUCCUUCCUGUGAGAGCCUUAAGGACACCAUCGCACGAGCGCUGCCCUUCUGGAACGAGGAGAUCGCCCCUCAGAUCAAACGAGGAAAGAGGGUGCUCAUCGCUGCCCAUGGAAACAGUCUGAGGGGGAUUGUUAAGCACCUGGAGGGAAUGUCUGACGAAGCCAUCAUGGAGCUGAACCUGCCAACAGGCAUCCCCAUACUCUACGAGCUCGACAAGAACCUAAAGCCUGUGAAGCCGAUGCAGUUCCUGGGAGACGAGGAGACCGUACGCAAAGCAAUGGAGGCCGUGGCAGCUCAAGGAAAGGCCAAGAAGUAAAGACACAGCAAAGUCCCCUCUGUGUGUGACGAGUAUGUUGUCCCUAACAACUGACCUCAGAUUAGUUUUUUUUCCUAAAUCUCCAUUUAACAUUUCCAUUUAAAACGAGUAAUAUAGUUUGUAUUUUGUUUGUCCUAGGCAGGGAUGUUGAAUGUCAGGUUAAAUAGUAAUUAAACCAAAAACGGAAGAAAUAAUGAAAUACUGGCUGUGUCACACAGUUAUAAAAUAAGUGAUGUUUUCUUGCUACACACGAGGCUUAAAGUAGUGUGAUAUCGUAGUCUAUUAUAAUUUGAUUUAAAAAAAGACUUGAUGAGAUUUCUUUAAAUGAAAGGCAACACUGCUAAUGAUAACAUAUUUCCUAUCUCACUUUUCAAAGCAUUUCAUUGAUCGAUAAAGGGAAGUUUGCAAUCUCUUGAGAGCCGGAUAGGACAGUUUGACAACUAAACAGUCCAUUUCUUUGUCUGUGAAUCUUAUUGGUGCCGUGUCCUUUGUUGCUGUCUGUGUUGAGUCUGACAAUUUGAAUUUUCUUUUGUGUUUAAUUAAUUUGGUCCAAUUUUAACGGUGCCAAACUCUGCAUUGCUAUCAGUAUUGCCUUGUAUAAGUGAUAAAUCCAUUAUUUGGAUUAUAGACAGUACCAUUGAAGCAUGAUUAACAGAAGAUAAAAGGUAUACCUUAAUUUUUGUUACGUGGUUUGUCCACCUUGCUGUCAUUGUAUUUAUGUGCCUCCAGCUCUUUUCCUACAGUAAAUGCCUACAGCUGUCCUCACUGCCUCAGAGGGAAGGAAUGUUAAUUUUAUGAAAACAAAAAACAUGUCCCAUUAUGUCUUAAAGUAUUGUAAUUUUUCUUUUUUAAAUUUAAAUUCCUCUGUGUUGGUUAAAUGUACCCCGAAAUCUCUGAUGGUAAAAAAUAUAGGCUUCAAAUCUAACAUUGUUGCUUCUGCUUGUCUUGUCGGACACACAUAUACAGUUCAUUCCACAUUGUGGAAGAGUUACACUCUAACAUCAAGUCUAGCUUGUGGUCAAACUAUAAACUUGCCUUGACUGAUAGUUACAUACUGACCAAGUUUUGGUAUUUUUUUCUAAACUGAUCCAUUUGUUGUCAAGCUUACUCACCUGUAUUUCAACAGCCAGUGGUAGAAAGUAACCAAUUCAGUUAAGUGCUGUACUAAAGUAACAUUUUUAGAUACUUGUACAUUA